AUGACUUCUAAUGAUGACCGCGAGCUUUCCGCUACUUUAGAUACGGAUACGGACACGUCUAUCGACGGUGAGACGGACAUGAGUAUUGACGACGAGACAAGUUCUACCACGACAGUAGAUGCACUUCCCGAGCUACACAUACGCAUCAAGAACAUGCUCUUGCCGCUCAAGAUCCUCGCGCCGACCCUCUACGCACUUGUACGCAUCGGUUUCGUCCACUCCUCUCUCGAGUUACUAGAUUACAGUUUCUUCAUCCCUCUCCUACUCAUCUUCCUCCUCGCCACCAUCACCGAUUGCACCCGCUCCCGCGCCGAUCAAGCACGCAAAGCGCACGCGUCGCAGUUCAAACAGUACACCAUUAUGCUCGGCGAAGCAGGAACAGCGCUCCAGGCUAGCAACGAAGCUAUCGUCGAACUUCGACAAGGACAGGAAAUGUGCCAACGCAGCUGGGAAGAAGCGACAAGCGAACUGAAGCAAGUGUACGAAAAGCUCAACCAAUCGCAAAGGCAACGAAUUAAAGAGUACGAUGAGCUACGCAGAAAUACCAACGAUAUGCAAAUAGUGUCCUACCAGGCGCGAUACGAGCACCAGCAACUCCUCAUCGACACGUUGACCAAGCUCGUCAAGAAGUUCAAGAACGUCCCGGUACCCAAGGUAAAGGGCGUGAGUCCUAGUAAGGCGAAUACCAACACAUUGACGGGGCCGUUGGAGCGCCUCGCUAUGGUACUGAGACGUGCUCAGCAUACGACGGAGAAACGGGUAGCGGUGGCUGAGAAGAUCAAAGCCGUGCUUGAGCGGGAGGAGUUGUCGACACCAGAGAUCAAUGAGUUGAUCGGGGACGCGGAGAAGGAUUUGAAGGACGCUCCGAGUACGCCGUUGCAGCAGGCUCCUCUCGAUGGCUCUGGACUCUCUACAACGACAGACUCAGUCACGGAUGAUGCGUUCGAGGUCAAGCUGGAUGCGCACUUUGAGAGGUUGGAUGCGUUUCUCCAGAGCGUUGCGACUAAAUCAGGGGAAGAGGAGGACAAGGGUGACGACACGCAUGGUGCAGGUUACGGCGAAGUUUCUUCGACUCUGGAGUAA